AUGACAAUUCAUAAUGCUGGUCUCAUUCAUAGAAAUUUUCAUAGUGGUAACAUAUUAAGAUGUUUUAAUGGCUCUCAACAUAAAACUUUAAUCUCUGAUUUAGGUCAAUAUAAACCCCCUGAUAAACCUAUUCUUUAUGACAACGUUAAUAUUAAUGUCUAUGGUGUGUUACCUUAUGUUGCUCCUGAAGUUUUAUAUGGUGGUGAGUACUCUGAGGCUUCUGAUGUAUAUAGUUUUGGUAUGGUAAUGUGGGAGAUAACAACUGGACUACAUCCUUUUUAUGAUCGUGCUCAUGAUGAAAAAUUGGCCUGGGAUAUAUGUAACGGUCUGAGACCCGCUUUAAUUUUGGAAACUCCUCGUUGUUUCGCAGAAUUGAUGGAACUAUGUUGGGAUGCAAAUCCUAAACGGAGACCCGAUAUAAGAGAAUUGGAAAAAAUUUUUAUGUCUUGGGGAUGGCAUAUGGGUAUAUCUCAGAAACAUGAUGUGUUUGAUCAAUUUAUUUCCGCUGAAAAUGAAAGACAAAGAUUAUUAAAAUCUGAUGAGUUGGAAUCCCUUAAAAAGCCUCAUCCUGAAGCAAUUUAUAAAAGUAGAUUACUGAAUUUUCAGAAUUUGCCAAAACCUGUGAAUAGAUUAAGUUAUCUUAGAGUUUCCGCUGAACGGUCGUCUUUCUCUUUUAUUUCUGGUGAUGAUGGUAAAUUUAAUUUAAAAUGA